AUGCACACAUCUGCACGUUUGCUCUCAGAGCACGUCCGCAAACCACUCAUCUCAUUUGUUGGAAAGCGCAAAUGGCCAGCGACACCAAAUCCUCAGCGUCCUCACCCGGCAGCACCGGCACAGUACCAAGCUUCGUUUUCUGAAUUUCUGAAGAAGUAUGAGAGCUCUGCAAACGAAACUUCACAUUCUGGCAACGCAAAAUUGGUGUACGGAGAGUUCUGGGAGGCCCCGAGUUGGGUCUGGCAACCCAGAAUCAGGAAGAUAGAAGAUUCAGAGAUUGAUGCCAUCCUGAGUGGAGGAGCCUCUGUAUUCCGAUAG